GAGAGAGAGAGAGGAAAGCGGGUCGCGUUGCAAAGCGCCGCCGCCAUCACGCAAUCAGGCGGUGGAGAGUGCCAACGCAACAAACCAAAAACAAAACAAAAAUACACCGGUGUGGUGAAUUUUUUUUUCAGUGCGGCGGUCCAGUCUGGGCUUCCUCGGGCGCGCCAAGAUACGCACCCUCAAGAUGACCAUCAUCAUCGUGCUGGUGUUCUUCGUCUGCUCCACCCCGUACUACGUCAUGAUGGUGUGGUACUGGGUGGACAGGAAGAACGCCAUCAACUCGGACCAGCGCCUCCAGAAGGGCCUGAUGCUGUUCGCCUCCGCCAACUCGUGCAUGAACCCCAUCGUGUACGGCGCCUUCAACAUCCGGACCAGGCGCAGCAACAGCCAGAGACAGCGGCCCAAGAACUCCCGCGUCCGCGCGCUGGGCCUGCUUCGGCUGGUUUCUUGCGCCACCGAGUGGUCCGAGCUCAACUCAAUCGUCUGCCUGAAGCAGCAAGGUGUCGAUCCCGCUGUCGGCGCUGUCGGCCGCCACGGACCGCAAGCUGACGCUGAAAAGCGCUCUGCGCAGCAGCAAGCCGGCCAGCCACGCCAGCAGCGCCAGCCCGGGGGAUCCCUGCAAGGCCUCCAGGAGCCCCAAGAGUCCGCAGGGGGACUCCCAGGCCUCCUCCGCAGCCGCCUCCCGGAGAACCAUCGUUUUCGCCUCGCCCAACGGAGCUGCAGCGCCCCCGGCCUCCCCCUCGGCCACGUUCGCUUCUCCUCUGGACCGUGCUCCAAACUUUCUGCAUUAGAAGUUUUGGUCUGUGUGAGAGAGGUCGGCUUCUCCUCUGGACCGAGCUCCAAACUUUCUGCAUUAGGUUUGAGCAACUGGAAGAGAUUCGAUAAUAACAACUUAUUUCAGUCAAAGGCCCACACAUUUUUGUCUGCCCCGUUCGCCCUCAUUUUGAGAAUCAAUCUUUAG